CUUUUUGAUUUGAUUUCCUGCAGUAUAUUCCUGGAGUUUUGUCACAAUGGCAGGUAGAAUAUAUUUUACUGUGCAGUUAUUAAAUCCCUGUUUCUAUAAUCUCUUUGUAUCAGGGGGCAGCGAGGACCCACUUGACACAAAUCCGCACAGCUUAGUAUUGGAGAGUGAUCUCCUUCUUGGACAUGAGCAGGAAUUCUCUGACAGCAGCGAUCGAUUCCUUUCUUUCUCCAAGGACUCAGAGGGUUAGUAUAUGCACCAAUGGACCCAAAAAAUAAUAAAGUCAAAGCACACACAAAAUAGGUUACCCUCCUUUAAUUUUUGUAGAGGUUCUGUUUUUUUUUUUCGAUAUAUGGCCUUUAAUCCAUGGCAGAAAUGAAAAUAAGCAUAUUAUGUUAUGACACAAACAUGUGAUCACACUUAAUGCUUUACUCACUCUUGUCGGCUCUCUGAUAGCUGUCUUUUGAAUAUGUUAGUUUCAGCAUCCCAAACUGAUUGAGAAUCUGAGUAUUGGCCGUUGUGGUUAAUAAAGUUUUGUGUAUUCAAUAUGGACAUUUGCCCUCAGUUGUUCUGGACUUUCCAAGAUGGCUGCGACCGUAUAUUCGGUAACACGGGGAGACGUACACGGAGAUGUUGCGGCUGCUUAGAGGGACACAGGUGAGAAAUCACUCCAGAUAGGAUCAGCAUCAAUAACUGGCGCCAGUGAUUGGCGGAGAGCGGAAAGCAGAAGGAAAUGUACCCGUGUGGCGGUACGAAAGGGGGGAAUGCACCUGGAAGGAGCCUAGCAUGGAAACGCAGUGUGCUGUUAGCUGGUUUUACAUUUACAAUACUCUGCUUUUUAAUAAAUUGUAUAUAGCUAUUUCUAACUGGCUAUCUGUGUUCCUUUGCAUGCUUGAUCCCGAUAUUAAAGGAUGGUGACACUUGCGUAUUCUCAAGACAGCUUUCAAAUAGAGCUGACAUUUGUGGCUCUGGAAAGAGUGAGUCCAGCCAUCAUAUAAGCCUUUAGUGUUAGGAAUACAAAGAGUUAAAAAACAAAACAUUUUGAACAUAAACCUGAUUCCAGCGCCAAAGUUCCUCAGCGCUGGGUCAGGCUCCUCCUCCGCUGAUGUCUUCCAAAGGAGGUACUAAUCAAUGCUCUCUGACGGGGUUUUAGAAGGCACUGGACGUCCUGAUGCAAAGCGUGAAUGUCAAACUUUGCAAAAUGCCAGGAAGUGCCUCUAAUGUAAACAUUGCAGUGAUUGUAACUGCGAGGGUAGGGACACUGCGUCCAGACCAUUGCAGUAGGCUGUAAUCUUGCAGCAGUUAGCUAGCGGUUAAAUCUUAUAUUGUUGGAGGAGGUUAUUAACCUUCAACACACACACACCUUAAAGGGACACUAUAGUCACCAGAACAACUACAGCUUAAUGUAUAUUAUACAGCUUAAUGUAGUUGUUCUGGUGAGUAGAAUAGCUCCCUUUAGGCAUUUGUAUGUAAACACUGCCUUUUCAGAGAAAAGGCAGUGUUUACAUUGCCACUAGGGAUACCUCCAAGUGGCCACUCCCCAGAUGGCCAGUGGAGGUGCUUCCUGGCUCAGGGCUGCACAGUAAGCAGCCCUGCCGUUCAGCGUCUCCACGCUCUACAUGGAGACGCUGAAUUUUCCUCAUAGAGAUGCAUUGAUUCAAUGCAUUACUAUGCAUUACUAUGUGGAGGUCCUGUUUGGCAAAAACUGCAUUUGGCCCCGCCCCCAUGUCAGUUUUAGCCAAUCCAAUGCUUUCCCAUAGGGAAAGCAUUGGGUUGGCUCAAAAUUUCCCAUUUUCAUGAUGUCACAAAGGGGGCGGGUCAGCGCCAGCAUACCCGCACGGUGCUGGAAAUAAGGUGAGUUUUAAACUUUUAUACGGGGGCUAAGGGGAGGCGGAGGGUGGGGGCAAGCCACAUUAAUGGUGGGUUUAGCACUAUAGGGUCAGGAAUACAUGUUUGUGUUCCUGACCCUAUAGUGUUCCUUUAACCUACAACAGAGACACCAGCCAGUAUGUUGGGUUAAGGUGUUUGUGUGUGUUGAAGAUGUGUGUUGAAGGUUAAAGGGUGUGUGUGUGUGUGUGUGUGUGUGUGUUGAAGGUUAAGGGGGGUGUGUGUGUGUUGAAGAUGUGUGUGUUGAAGGUUAAGGGGUGUGUGUGUGUGUUGAAGGUUAAGGUGUUUGUGUUGAAGGUUAAGGGGUGUGUGUGUGUGUGUUGAAGAUGUGUGUGUUAAAGGUUAAGGUGUGUGUGUGUUUUGAAGGUUAAGGUGUGUGUCUGUGUUUGUUGAAGGUUAAGGUGUGUGUGUUGAAGGUUAAGGUGUAUAUGGAAGGUUAAGGUGUGUGUGUGUUGAAGGUUAAGGUGUGUGUGUGUGUGUGUGUGUGUUGAAGAUGUGUGUGUUGAAGGUUAAGGUGUGUGUGUGUGUUGAAGAUGUGUGUGUUGAAGGUUAAGGUGGAUGUGUGUGUUGAAGUUUAAGGUGUGUGUGUUGAAGAUGUGUGUGUUAAAGGUUAAGGUGUGUGUGUGUGUGUGUGUUUUGAAGGUUAAGGUGUGUGUGUUUUGAAGGUUAAGGUGUGUGUGUUUUGAAGGUUAAGGUGUGUGUUUUGAAGGUUAAGGUGUGUGUGUUGAAGAUGUGUGUGUUGAAGAUGUGUGUGUUGAAGGUUAAGGUGUGUGUGUUGAAGGUUAAGGUGUGUGUGUGUUGAAGGUGUGUGUGUUGAAGAUGUGUGUGUUGAAGGUUAAGGUGGAUGUGUGUGUUGAAGGUUAAGGUGGAUGUGUGUGUUGAAGGUUAAGGUGUGUGUGUGUGUGUGUGUUGAAGAUGUGUGUGUUGAAGGUUAAGGUGUGUGUGUUGAAGAUGUGUGUGUUAAAGGUUAAGGUGUGUGUGUGUGUGUGUGUUGAAGAUGUGUGUUUUGAAGGUUACGGUGUGUGUGCUUUGAAGGUUAAGGUGUGUGUGUGUUGAAGGUUAAGGUGUGUGUGUGUUGAAGAUGUGUGUGUUGAAGGUUAAGGUGUGUGUGUUGAAGGUUAAGGUGUGUGUGUUGAAGGUUAAGGUGUGUGUGUGUGUGUUUUGAAGGUUAAGGUGUGUGUGUGUGUUGAAGAUGUGUGUGUUAAAGGUUAAGGUGUGUGUGUGUGUGUGUUGAAGAUGUGUGUUUUGAAGGUUAAGGUGUGUGUGUGUGUGUGUUGAAGAUGUGUGUUUUGAAGGUUAAGGUGUGUGUGUUGCAGGUUAAGGUGUGUGUGUUUUGAAGGUUAAGGUGUGUGUGUGUGUGUGUGUGUUGAAGAUGUGUGUUUUGAAGGUUAAGGUGUGUGUGUGUGUGUGUUGAAGAUGUGUGUGUUGAAGGUUAAGGUGUGUGUGUGUUGAAGAUGUGUGUGUUUUGAAGGUUAAGGUGUGUGUGUGUUUGAAGGUUAAGGUGUGUGUGUUUUGAAGGUUAAGGUGUGUGUGUUUUGAAGGUUAAGGUGUGUGUGUUUUGAAGGUUAAGGUGUGUGUGUUUUGAAGGUUAAGGUGUGUGUGUUUUGAAGGUUAAGGUGUGUGUGUUUUGAAGGUUAAGGUGUGUGUGUUUGUUGAAGCUUAAGGUGUAUGUGGAAGGUUAAGGUGUGUGUUUAAGGUUAAGGUGUGUGUUUAAGGUUAAGGUGUAUGUGGAAGGUUAAGGUGUAGGUGUGUGUGUGUGUUUUGAAGGUUAAGGUGUAUGUGGAAGGUUAAGGUGUGUGUGUGUUGAAGGUUAAGGUGUGUGUGUGUUUUUUGAAGGUUAAGGGUAUGUGUGUUGAAGUUUAAGGUGUAUGUGGAAGGUUAAGGUGUGUGUGUUGAAGGUUAAACUUGGUAUUGGGUUGGUACAUUGGGAAGACCCGCUUCAGUCUGGUUUCCGCGCUAAGCACUCUGUGGAAACGGCACUGACCAAAGUAUCCAAUGAUCUACUCGCUGCAAAAUCUCGUGGUCACUACUCUAUCCUAAUUCUCCUUGACCUGUCUACGGCUUUUGACACUGUUGAUCAUCAACAGCUUCUUCUCAUCCUCCACAAUAUCGGUCUACAAGAUAUUGCUCUCUCCUGGUGCUCCUCCUACCUCUCCCAGCGCUCUUUCAGUGUUUCUUUCUCUGGCUCUGCUUCUUCUCCCCAACUCCUCUCUGUUGGUGUCCCCAAGGUUCAGUCCUUGGUCCCCUACUGUUCUCCAUCUAUACUGCCUCACUUGGUAAACUCAUUAGCUCCUUUGGCUUCCAAUAUCAUUUCUAUGCAGAUGACACGCAAAUCUACCUGUCCUCUCCUGAUCUCUCCCCGUCCCUCUUGACUAGUGUCUCUGACUGCCUCUCUGCUGUUUCUAACUGGAUGGCUACCCACUUCCUUAAACUAAAUUUGACAAAAACUGAAAUUCUGGUCUUUCCUCCCUCAAGUGUUGUUACUCCUGUGUCUGUCUCCCUCCAAGUCAACGGUGCUACCAUCAGCUCCACCACGCAGGCUCGCUGCCUAGGUGUUUUCUUUGACUCCGACCUCUCCUUCAAGCCUCAUGUUCAAUCUAUCGCCAAAUCCUGUCAUUUCCAUCUCAAAAACAUUGCGCGCAUCCGCCCCUACUUAACACCAGAUGCGACUAAGGUGUUGGUCCAUUCCACUGUCCUUUCUCGCCUUGACUACUGUAAUCUGCUUCUCAGUGGUCUUACGUGCUCCCAACUUGUGCCAUUACAGUCCAUAAUGAAUGCGGCGAUGAGGCUCAUCUUCCUGUCCGCCCACACCUCCCAUGCCUCACCCUUCUGUCAGUCCCUACAUUGGCUUCCUAUAAAAUAUAGAGCUCAAUUUAAAAUUCUGGUUCUUGCCUUCAAAUCUCUACAUAAUGCUGCUCCCACCUAUCUAUCCUCCCUUAUACACAAGUAUGUCCCGUCUAGGCCCUUACGAUCUGCGGAAGACUUACGUCUAUCUUCUGUCCGUACUCCCACCUCUGAUGCUCGCCUUCAAGAUUUCUCGAGGGCUGCACCGUUCCUGUGGAACUUGCUUCCCUCCUCCGUUAGAUGCUCACCCAGUCUCCACUCCUUCAAAAAAUCGUUAAAAACCCACUUCUUCAUAAAAGCUUAUCAAUUAAACUGUUAAUAGCUCCUGACUGAUUCCUCUUCUGCAACUGUCACUAGUCUAAUACUAUCCUUACCUUUUUGUGUCAUUUUACCCCACUCCCUCUAGCAUGUAAGCUCAUUGAGCAGGGCCCUCAACCCCUCUGUUCCUGUGCGUCCAACUUGUCUGGUUACAACUACAUGUCUAUUCGUCCACCCAUUGUAAAGCGCUGCGGAAUUUGGCGGCGCUCUAACAAUAUCAUAAUAAUAAUUUCGGACACAGGGAAUCUUGCCAUAUUUCAUGGAUUUGGAUGAUGGUACAUUAGCUAUUGAUGUUUGGAGUGUUAGGAGUAUAGGGGCUAAGUUUGGUAUUGGGUGUAAACCACAGGGAUUGUGAGGAUUAAAAGUAAUAGUAUUACUUGAAAACACCUUCAAAUCCACAUUUACACUUUUGUUUUCCACUCCUUGCAGACUUAUAUUAACACGCUUCCUCCCGUAUUACUGCAUGAGCACCUGGGAUGGGCAAUAGCAGCAUAAACCUUUUAUUCCACCAACAACAAUAGAAAUAUGCUUCCACUUGCUUAUUAUGAGUUCCGCAGAGUAUCUGUGUGAUCAUAGGCAUGCACAGCCCAAUGCACCGAGAAACAUAUACAACUGCACACUCAGUGACACGUGUACACACAGUUACUGCACCGAGAAACAUAUACAACUGCACACUCAGAGACACGUGUACACACAGAUACUGCACCGAGAAACAUAUACAACUGCACACUCAGAGACACGUGUACACACAGAUACUGCACCGAGAAACAUAUACAACUGCACACUCAGUGACACGUGUACACACAGAUACUGCACCGAGAAACAUACAACUGCACACUCUGACGCGUGUACACACAGAUACUGCUCCGAGAAACAUAUAUGACUGCACACUCAGUGACACGUGUACACACAGAUACUGCACCGAGAAACAUAUACAACUGCACACUCAGUGACACGUGUACACACAGAUACUGCACCGAGAAACAUACAACUGCACACUCAGUGACGCGUGUACACACAGAUACUGCUCCGAGAAACAUAUAUGACUGCACACUCAGUGACACGUGUACACACAGAUACUGCACCGAGAAACAUAUACAACACACACUCAGUGACAUGUGUACACACAGGUACUGCACAGAGAAACAUAUACAACUGCACACUCAGUGACACGUGUAGACACAGAUACUGCACUGAGAAACAUAUACAACUGCACACUCAGUGACACGUGUGCACACAGAUACUGCUCCGAGAAACAUAUACGACCGCACACUCAGUGACACGUGUACACACAGAUACUGCUCCGAGAAACAUAUACGACUGCACACUCAGUGACACGUGUACACACAGAUACUGCUCCGAGAAACAUAUACGACUGCACACUCAGUGACACGUGUACACACAGAUACUGCACCGAGAAACACAUACGACUGCACACUCAGUGACACGUGUACACACAGAUACUGCUCCGAGAAACAUAUACGACUGCACACUAAGUGACACAUGUACACACAGAUACUGCACCGAGAAACAUAUACGACUGCACACUCAGUGACACGUGUACACACAGAUACUGCACCGAGAAACAUACAACUGCACACUCAGUGACGCGUGUACACACAGGUACUGCACCAAGAAACAUAUACAACUGCACACUCAGUGACACGUGUAGACACAGAUACUGCUCCGAGUGAAACAUAUACGACUGCACUGCACACUACAGUGACGACUGCACACUCAGUACACACAGAUACUGCUCCGAGAAACAUAUACGACUGCACACUCAGUGACACGUGUACACACAGAUACUGCACCGAGAAACAUAUACGACUGCACACUCAGUGACACGUGUACACACAGAUACUGCUCCGAGAAACAUAUACGACUGCACACUAAGUGACACAUGUACACACAGAUACUGCACCGAGAAACAUAUACGACUGCACACUCAGUGACACAUGUACACACAGAUACUGCACCGAGAAACAUACAACUGCACACUCAGUGACACGUGUACACACAGAUACUGCACCGAGAAACAUAUACGACUGCACACUCAGUGACACGUGUACACACAGAUACUGCUCCGAGAAACAUAUACGACUGCACACUCAGUGACACGUGUACACACAGGUACUGCACCGAGAAACAUAUACGACUGCACACUCAGUGACACGUGUACACACAGGUACUGCACCGAGAAACAUAUACGACUGCACACUCAGUGACACGUAUACACACAGGUACUGCACCGAGAAACAUACAACUGCAUGCUCUUAAAAUAAAGUGAGUUUUAUUCCUUUUGGGGGGGGGGAGGGCUAAGAGGGGGGCAAGCCACGUAAAUGGUGGGUUUUAUAGGGUCAGGAAUACAUGUUUGUGUUCGUGACCCUAUAGUGUUCCUUUAAGAGAGGAUAGGGGUUAAAGUGUGGGGGUAAUGGGGCUGCAUUUGGGGUUAGAGACAGUUUUAGGAUGUUGGGUUUAGUUGGGUAUAAAUGUACUAGUGAGGGGAGUUAGGGGUUGUAGUGGAGGGUUAAAGCCAGUAGUCAGGGACAGGGGUUAGGAGCUGAAGUGGGGGGGAUUAGGGGCUAUAGAGGGGUAAAGAGAGGAGUGGUGUAGAUAGGCUCAGGCAACAGUUAAAAAAACAAACAAACCACAAAAUAAAGUUUCUGAAGCUUAUCAGGGAGGGGGAAAUCCUGACCCCUGUUGGACCGAUAGGAAACUGGAAAGCGCAGAUAACGUUGCCCUGGGUUAUCGUGUUGACGCUGUAAUACACUUGUGGCAGGACCGCUGCCUAAACUGUGAAUUGCCUUGUUGUAUAUGUGUGGAUGUGCCCUCCUAGAAUGUGUUUUUUCCCUCUUUCAUAUUCCUCUCUUUGUAAUUUUGACCAUAAAAUCCUGCAAUAUACUUUUUGACCGCCUGGGGGCGCUCUAUUUAGAGUGAGGGGACCCUUAGAUCUAGUGCGGGAGCACUGGGAAGGAGCCAGGGUACAGGGAGGAACCCCCAUCGUUCUAUAUGUGCUGGAGUUUAGGGACCGGCUGAUGGAACUCACCCAUCUAGUGCGAGGGAACCUCCAGGUGGCUCAGAGGCGCAGGUGCACAUGGUACGAUCGAGGCGCCAGGAGCCGUAGUUUUCAAGUUAGGCAGAAGAUUUUGUUGUUGAUUUCGGUCCGACAUGACAGGCUGCCUGGCAGGGCCCAUACCGCAUAGUGUUACAUAAAGAGGACACUACCUAUGUGAUCGGCCCAUGCUCUGGUACUGGAAUCCACUGCCUGUUGCAUGUGAACAUGCUUAAGCCCUACCACGAGCGGACAAAGGAUGUUUCCCCCAUUUGCGCGCCAGCCUCGGAAGAUUAUGGCAGUCUUCCCCUGCCGGACCCUGCCAGAGAAUGUGACUCAGGCAGGGUCCAUAGAAGAGGUCCAGUUAGGGGACCGUCUAACCAAAAGCAAACGCAGGCAGGCGAAACAGAUGUUGUUCGCCAAGCAAACGACCUUCUCCAACCUACCAGGGUAUACCCCCCUGGCCACCCAUAGAGUGGAGACCCCCAACCAACAGCCCCUACCAGGUGCCAGAGGCUGUGCAGGGGAGCAUGCUACAGAAAAUCCAGGAGAUGCUCCAGCUAGGGGUCAUCGAACCAUCCAUGAGCCCUUGUGCCUCCCCAGUAGUCCUAGUCCCGAAGAAAGACGGGACUACCAGGUUCUGCAUGGACUACAGGAGGCUCAACGACAAGAAGGUCUCCGAUGCCUACCCCAUGCCCCUCAUAGAUGUGCUGCUCUAUAGAAUGGCUCAGGGCCGAUACCUCACCACCAUUGACCUAUGCAAGGGAUAUUGGCAGAUCCCAUUGGCAGCAGAUGCUGUCCCCAGGUCCCCCUUCGUCACCUCCUUUAGCCUGUACCAGUUUAAGCUAAUGUCAUUCGUGAUGAAGAAUGCUCCAGCCACCUUCCAAUGGAUGGCGGACCGGCUGUUAGAUGGCCAACAGGAUUAUGCCUGUGCAUACAUGGAUGACAUUGCCAUAUACAGUGACUCUUCGGAGGAACACCUGGUGCACAUGGGGGCUGUACUGGACUGGAUCAGGGAAGCAGGAUUAACUCUGAAGCCCAGUAAAUGUACCCUAGGGAUGGCAGAGGUACAUUACCUAGGGCACCGGGUGGGUUGUGGGACACAGAAGCCAGAACCUGCCAAAGUGGAGGCAGUAGCUAGUUGGCACCGUUCCUCACUAAGACCCAGGUACUGGCUGUUACGGUACCUUCAGUAAUAAAUGUACAAACCGCCGUUUAGUGAAUGCUCCCCGUUUGCAAUAAUGUUGUCUGGUAGCGUAUGCAAAACAACCAUGCGAACCGCCAGCCAGGGAACACUCCAAACUCCCGAACGGUACUCAUACGGCUCCUUCCCUUCACGAGCCACAAGUUUCACGAACUGCCAAUAUCAGCCGAACGCCAAUAUCUUCCAAGCGGCAAAUAAUUCCAAAGAGCAGUCUCUAGUCGCCGGUAAUAAAAUCCCCCCCAAUAACGAGACCAAACUCCGCUUUGAGGGUAAAACACAAACUGAGUUUACUGUGGGCUACCUGCCCGUAUUUAUGCAGGUCUCCCACUUGGUGGACACUCCCCUAGGGGACCAAAUGGGAGACUGCAAUAGCAGAUGGACAUGGGGACAUUUCAGACAUACAAUUCCACAAUAUUCCCAGCAUACAUCACAGUUUCCUCCCCUCUGCCCGGGAGAUAAUUGAAAAGUAAUUCAAUUACCUCCCAGAGCAGAGGCAAAUCGCCAUUUUAAAUACAAGUCACAAAACACAUAAAAAUACAUAACUUUAUAACUGCCGAACAUAUUACAUUCGUGUAACACAUCCCCAGAUAGCCUGGAUCUGAGUGCAUAUUAUUGGCGAAUAGCGCUCAGAUCCCAUACGCACAGUUCAAUCGCCAUGGAGUCAAAGUCUAUUACAGUUCUUCGGUAUGCGAUUGACUCCAUGGGAAGGCUAUCUGGGGUAAGUCCAUUCGUGCCUUUAAACCUCUCGAACGGCCGGUGUUCGCAUACUUCUGUCGAUUGAGAAGGGAGGUCGACGGCUUCAGCGGUGUUCGGUUGAAAAAGUGUCCGUUUUCAGUUCCAUGAAUUUAGUACCGAACACCGCUGGUCUUUCGCAUGGUUAAAAUGGCCGCCGCCUCGUGGUCGACAUACGAACGACGACCACCCUGUAUUCGGUUUUAAUUGAGAAGUGUCUGUGGUUAACUGCAACGUUCUAAUUGGGAUCAAUAGGUUAACCAGCAGCACACUUCUCUUCUGGGUGGCCGUCCGUUCGGCAGUUCCGUUCGACAGAAAAGUACAUUCCCUUAAACAAGGCAUACGAACGGGUAAAUUCAUGCAAACGGCAAAACAGACGAACACAGCAAUCCUAGUUCAUACGGAUGGGUCUGUCACACGGCUCCCCCCUUGUGGAACACUCCGGCAGACCCGGCUUGACGGGUCAACUUGGGGAUGACUGGACUAUGAAGAAGUAGGGACGUCUAUUUGCCGGGACAACCCAUCCGCAUUCCCAUUCUGCUUACCGGGUCGGUAGCUGAUAGUGAAGUUGUAAGGCUGCAGUGCCAAACUCCACCUCAGCAGUCUGCCAUUGUCUCCUGAGACCCGGUUGUGACGGAACGGUGGCACUCCGACUGAGUACCUCCGCCAAUCGAUGCUCCUAGUGCUCGCUGAGGACUCCAAGCACUCCAACUGACACCAUCAGCACUGCAGACCCCACUUCCAGCGAUGCAACUGCGCCGGGGUCUCUGCUGCCUCCACCCACCCUGGACCCAAGGCCCACCCUGGACCCAAGGCCAGGAUCCAGCUUCCAGUGGGUGAACCUCUCUUUUCCCCAGAGAGCAGGAACAGGAACAAGCUCUUAGCAGAACUUAGUGAUCAUACCCUGGGGAGUAUAGUGAUUAUAGCAAUCCCCAGAGUGUAUUUCUCCAAUCCCCCAAACAUGAGCCAAGGCUUAAUGCUGGAACAAGACUGAUUUACUGGCACACAGAACUCACAAUUUAUGCAACACAAACUCCUCCUCUGGGCCAGGCUAGAUAAUUGAGUUUCUACAAUACACAAAGCUCAAUUAUCUGCUGGCCAGAAAUAAUACAGUUUCAUAAAACACACAGGGACCCCAAAACAUGCAAUAACCCCAUAAAAAGUAUAUCCUUGGAACCGGGGGAUCUGGUUGAACCACAUAUCCAAAAUUCACCCAGAUCCGUUCAGUACUUUGGAAAAUACAGUUUAAUGCAGAUUCUGCAGAACAUAUACAGGCUAAAUGAAAAACAAUCACUGUAUAAUGUGUCCCCUGCUGUAUAGUCUAAAACCACUGCACGAUGUCUCUGUGCACCAAAUACUGGCGAGAUGGCACCGUGUUGAAAAGUCCAAACAGUGUCUGGGAGUUAAAAUGGCCGCCAUCCAUUGUUCUCACCAUGUGCUUCUGAUACAGGAAAUGGUGGCCACCCAGUAACUCCACAGUAUGUCCCCAGAUGGUUCUUAAAGGGCCAGCAGCAGCACAACACAAAUCCAUUAUGCCCAAAUCAUAUCUUUAAAGGGCAAUACAUGCCAGGGGCCAUAGUCACAGGGCAAGAGACGGGCAAGCAGUCCUCUCCAGGCACAAGUGGCGAAGGGCACUUCGUCACACCGGUUAAGCCAGACAAGGGGAUUGUGGUCUGUGAUGAGGGAAAAUUCUUGUCCGUAUAAAUAGGGGCUCAACUUCUUCGGUGCCCAGACCAGGGCUAAACACUCUUUCUCCCCUGCCACAUAACUCACUUCCCGGGGUAAUAGCUUUCUGCUGAGAUAUGCGACAGGGUGCUCUCCUCCUUCUUCCCCGACCUGGCUCAGCACAGCCCCCAGUCCAUACAUGGAAGCAUCUGUAUGAACGAGAAAACGUUUGUUAGGGACUGGGGCAGCCAGGACAGGGGCAUUCACAAGAGCUUGCUUCAGGGCCUGAAACGCGGCUUCACAAGCUGGAGACCACAGGACCUGCUUAGGUAAAUUUUUCUUAGUCAGGUCAGUCAAGGGCUUGGCAACCGUACUGUAGUCGGGGACAAAGCGUCGGUAAUACCCUGCUGUCCCCAGGAAGGCCAAUACUUGGGUCUUGGUGAUAGGUGUGGGCCAGUUAGCUACAGCUUCUACCUUGGCUGGCUCUGGUCUCUGGCUCCCACACCCUACCCUGUGACCCAAGUACUGCACUUCUGCCAUGCCUAGAUGGCACUUGUCUGGUUUCAAGGUCAGGCCCGCGGCCCGAAUCUUGUCCAGCACCACCCCCACGUGUACUAAGUGUUCUUCCCAGGACUCACUGUAGACCGCAAUGUCAUCCAGGUAUGCACAUGCAAAUUCAAACUGGGUUUGCGCCAUUCUCCUGGUUGAUCGGCACGAGUAAAGCGCUGAUUGGUCGCCGCAAGGAGCUAGCGACCAAUCCAAGAAGGAGCGCUUGUUCAAACGGGGUUUUGCACUCUUCUUUCUGAUUGGGCGGUGAAACGCCUCUCGUCCCUGGACGCUGAUUGGUGCAGCCAAGUUUUGCGCCCUUUCUGCAGACUGGGCAGCGAAACUCCUUCCUCCCCCUAACGCAUUCAAAUUGAAGUUUGAAUUCGCCGGACUAACCCAAGCAACACCAUGGAACUAAUUUCGGGGAUGUACAGAGCCUUGAGCCCCAGACUUUCGAUGCUGAUAUCUCUGGCUCUGUACAUCCGAUCGCCCCGCUUUUUGCAGGAGUUCUAGGGGGGACCCAGGGCUAUUCAUCAUAUAUAAAGUACCCCCUUCCCGUCUGGGUGCACCGAGCCCCAAAGUUGAGCCCCCUGUGUGUAGCGGAGAUCUAGUAUUCCACUGGAUAUCUCCGCUCAGGAUCCCAGUGAGGCUCAGGAACAAGUAAUUAUAAAUCCAUCAGGCAAGGUUUCCAGCAGGUAAAACAAUAUAGCAAUAUCCCAACAGCAAUCCCAAUAACUGGACGACACACAGAAUCAGGAGCAGAACUAACUUUUUUUCCACAGUGGCCUUUUAAAGCAUGCUCCCAUGCAAGGGAGGGAUUUCCAUUAAUUAUUACAGUACCCAAUCCUGUUCUGGUAACCUCCCACACAUGUCUUCCCCUCAGCCUGACUCAUAAUCCCCUUAUACAGUACACAAAUUCCCUGAGUUUCUGGAUGAACCCCUAAACCUAGGGGUACCCCUUUAAAUGGCACAUCCCCUGGUAGCCCAGAUCUGGGUGAGCAACAUAUCCAAAAAUCACCCAGAUCGGACCAGGGGUUCGGGAAAUCUAUGGAGGUAAUAAAAAGACCGACCGCGCUGGGGAGAACAGCCGAAUUGGGUUCCAUGCGAUGGGGCCCUGCGGUCGGGCACAGUAUAAGGGAACAAACUGCACGAAAGGCUAAGGUUACAGAGAUAAGGUAGGGUUCGCAUGAAUCUCCUCGUUCGGUUGUUUCUUUCUACCGAACGAGGGGCCGUUCGGUAGUUUGGAGCGAACGUAUGGUGCGUAUGGAGGUAUCAGUGGUGUUUGCCUAGCCGAGUGUCCGAUUUGGGUUCCAGACACUCGACGGCAAAACACCGCUGUUCGGGAGUUUUAAAAUGGCCGCCGCCACGUGUUCGUUUCCCGAAUGGCGGCCACCCCCGAGAACAAAGGACCCACUGCACAGCUUGUCAAUUACCCGUUCGCAACAUUGUUGCAAUGGGUAAUUGAAGGCACACUUCACACAGGGGAGGUCUGACUGUUCGGUAGUUUCAUUCCCUUAGUUGUUCGAAUGAUUCUACCGAACAAUCAGACGAAUACAACCUAUUUUUACACAUAUAACCCUGCAAUUUACACGAAUACAUUCACACAUAUGCAAUUUCCAGGACAGCCCAGUGCCAUCCGCUACACUGUGCAUAAAAAGCUAUGUGCCCAAAUAAAUAUUGUCAAAGAUUGUAUCCUGGAACUGUGUCCCAUCCAGUUACUGGGGGGAUGGGUCUGACCUAUCCCAACAAAAGGGUAUAACCAGCCAGGUUACACAGGUCCCGCUACAACAGUAGGAGAGGAGAACUUGACCUGGAUGUACAGACAAAGUUCUCACUCCUCCUCGGCAUCAGUGGCCAACUGAGAACGGUGGCCUUGGCUUGUCUUCUCAGGUUGGGUGGUGACAACGAUCAGGGAACACAGACCUUUUUGAUCUCCCUGCCGGCUUGUUUAGCAUUAGGGUAUGCCUAGACACCCCGUAUUUGAUAUAGCAAGGAAUGAAGUCCUGAUAUUCUGUUUCCACACACCUCAAUCAGCAUCCUUCCUGGUUUUACACUGUCAUAGUUACAUAGUUACAUAGUUACAUAGUUACAUAGCUGAAAAGAGACUUGCGUCCAUCAAGUUCAGCCUUCCUCAGAAAUGUUGUUGCUGUUGAUCCAAAAGAAGGCAAAAAACCUGGUCUGAAGCACUUCCAAUUUUGCCACAAACUAGGAAAAAAUUCCUUCUUGACCCCAAAAUAGCAGUCAGAUGUCUCCUUGGAUCAAGCAGCUAUUACCCCACUAAUUAGAAAUUAUAUCCCUGUAUGUUAUGUUUUUGUAAGUAUUUAUCCAAUUUCAGUUUAAACAUCUGUAUGGACUCUGACAAAACCACCUCUUCAGGCAGAGAAUUCCAUAUCCUUAUUGUUCUUACUGUAAAAAAGCCUUUUCUUUGCCUUAGAUGAAAUCUCCUUUCUUCCAGCCUAAAUGUGUGACCUCGUGUCCUAUGUAUAACCCUGUUUAUGAAUAGAUUUCCAGAUAAAGGUUUGUACUGGCCCGAAUAUAUUUGUAUAAAGUUAUCAUAUCCCCUCUCAGGCGCCGUUUUUCCAAACUAAACAGAUUUAAUUUUUGUAACCUUUCUUCAUAACUAAAAUGCUCCAUUCCUUUUAUCAAUUUUGUAGCUCGUCUCUGGACCCUCUCCAGUGCCAUGAUAUCCUUCUUUAGAACAGGUGCCCAAAAUUGCACAGCAUAUUCAGGUGUGGUCUUACCAGCGAUUUAUAAAGAGGCAAAAUUAUAUUUUCAUCCCGAGAAUUUAUGCCCCUAUUUAUACAUGACAAAAUCUUACUGGCCUUAGCAGCUUGACAUUGCAUAUUGCUGCCUAAUUUGUUGUCUAUAACAAUUCCCAAAUCCUUCUCGUGUGUGGUUAUCCCUAAUUCACUACCAUUUAGUGUGUAAGUUGCUUGUGCAUUCUUAACCCCGAAGUGCAUAACUUUGCAUUUCUCUAUGUUAAAUUUCAUCUGCCAUUUUAGUGCCCAGUCCCCCAAUCUAUCCAAAUCUCUCUGCAACAAAGCAAUAUCCUGCUCACAUUUUAUUACUUUACAAAGUUUUGUGUCAUCUGCAAACACUGAUACAUGGCUUUCAAUGCCUAUUUCAAGAUCAUUUAUAAAUAUGUUAAAUAGAAGUGGUCCCAAAACAGAACCCUGAGGGACACCACUUACCACUUUUGUCCAGCCUGAAAAUUUACCAUUAAUGACAACUCGUUGUACUCUGUCCUUAAGCCAAUGUUCUACCCAAGAACAGGAAUAUUCAUCUAGACCAAUUUCUUUUAGUUUGAAGACUAACCUAUUGUGAGGAACCGUAUCAAAUGCCUUGGCAAAGUCCAAGUAGAUCACAUCCACUGCAACACCCUGAUCUAUACUUCUACUUACUUCUUCGUAGAAUGCAAUUAGGUUAGUUUGACAUGACCUAUGUUUCAUAAAACCAUGCUGAUUAUUGCUAAUAACAAAGUUCUUCCCAAUGAAUUCCUGAAUAUUAUCCCUUAAUAGCCCUUCAAAUAUUUUCCCAGUUACUGAAGUUAAGCUCACAGGUCUAUAAUUUCCAGGCAAGGAUUUUGAACCCUUUUUAAAUAUAGGAACAACAUCUGCCUUCCUCCAAUCCUCCGGUACAACACCUGAAACAAAAGAAUCUUGAAAAAUUAAAUACAGAGGUUCACUUAUUUCCCCACUUAGCUCCUUAAGUACUCGUGGGUGAAUACAGUCAGGCCCCGGAGCUUUAUUUACAUUAAUUUUCUUUAAUAGCUGUAGCACCUUGUCUCGAGUUAUCCAGUCACAAGUUAUUUGCAAGUUUUUUGCAGCAAACAUUUGCAUAUCUCUUGCCAUAGGAUCCUCAUUAAUAUAUACUGAAGAAAAAUAGUUAUUUAAAAUUUCUGCUUUUUCCUGGUCUUCAUUAGCUAAUAAACCCAACUCUGUUUCAAGUGUACCUACACUUUCAUUUUUUGUUUUUUUAGAAUUGAUGUACUUGAAAAAAUUUUUGGGGUUGGUUUUGCAUUCUUUAGCUAUCAAUUUCUCAUUUUCUAGUUUAGCCACUUUAAUUGCCUUUUUGCAAGUGUUAUUGGCUUCCUUAUAUCUUAAAUAGGAUGCCUUUGAUUUGUCUGAUUUAAAUGCUUUAAAUGCCCUUUUCUUAUUUUUAAUCUCUUGUUUUACUUCUCUACUAAGCCACAUUGGUUUUAAUUUGUUUCUUUUAUAUUUAUUACCCAAUGGUACAUACUGAGAAAUGUACCUUUCUAAUAUAUGUUUGAACAGUUUCCAUUUAUCCUCAGUGUUUUUAUCACUAAGGAGUUUAUGCCAGUCGAUAUGUUGUAGAGCUGCCCUAAUCUUAUUGAAAUUGGCUUUUUUAAAAUUAUAUGUUUUAGUAUACCCCACCUGCUUUUGCUUUUUUGAGUUUAUUUCAAAAUUUACCAUAUUGUGAUCACUAUUUCCCAAAUGCUCCCCUACUUGAAUGUUGGUUAAAAGAUCAACAUUGUUUGUUAUGACAAGAUCCAGACAAGCAUCCUGUCUAGUUGGUGCUUGUACCAGUUGUGACAUAAAGGUGUCAUUUAACACAUUCAAAAACCUGAUUCCCCUUGCUGAAGUACUAGUCCCUCUUUCCCAAUUUAUGUCUGGAUAAUUAAAAUCUCCAAUAAUUAACGUGUUACCUCGAUUUGCAGCUUUCUCAAUUUGCUCUAACAGCUGUUCUUCCUCAUUAAUAUUUACAUUAGGUGGUUUAUAACAUAUCCCAACCAAUAAUUGAUUUCCCUUUGUUUUCCCCAAGCAGAUAUCUACCCAUAAAGCCUCCACCUUUUCCUCGUCACACUCCACAUGCCUAAGAUUUGACUUUAACUCACGGUUGACAUAUAAACAUACCCCACCACCCUUCUUGUUUUUCCUAUCCUUCCUAAAUAACGUAUACCCAUUUAAAUUAACUGCCCAGUCAUGUGUCUCAUCCCACCAUGUUUCUGUUAUGCCUAUUAUAUCAUAUUGUUUAGUGUAUGCUAUUGCCUCUAGUUCCCCCAUUUUGUUAUAUAGGCUCCUUGCAUUAGUAAGCAUACAUUUAAUAUUAUCAUGAGUCUUUUGUACUUUUUGUGAAUUAUCAAUAUUACAUACCUCCUCUGUUCUGAGUUUUCCCCUCCCCCCAUCUCCACCCCCUUUGUUCUGAGCUAAAGCCCAUCUCUUUUCCAUCAUAUCUCCAUUUUCUAGAUUGCUUUGACCCUCCCCCCCUACCACUAGUUUAAAAUCUCCUCCAACCUUCUAGCCAUCCUAUCCCCCAGCACAGCAGACCCUCUUCCGUUUAGGUGCAAUCCAUCAUGACUAUACAGGUUGUACCCAAGUGCAAAAUCGGCCCAGUGCUCUAAAAACCCAAAACCCUCUUUCCUGCACCAAGACUUUAGCCACGCAUUGACCUCUCUAAUCUCCCGCUGCCUUUCUGCUGUAGCGCGCGGCACAGGUAAUAUUUCUGAAAAAAUUACCUUGGAGGUCCUUUUCUUAAGCUUACUUCCUAGUUCCCUGAACUCAUUCUUUAGGACCUUCCAUUUUCCUCUGACUUUGUCAUUGGUACCAAUAUGGACCAUGACAGCUGGGUCAUCUCCAGCCCCUCCCAAUAAUCCCUCCACUCUGUCGGCAACAUGCCGGACCCGAGCACCCGGGAGACAGCAAACUGUCCGGUUGAGUCGAUCAGAGUGGCAGAUUACCCUAUCUACUCUCUUAAUAAUAGAGUCCCCUACCACCACAACCUGUCUAGCCUUCCUUACCCUCUCAACCCCACCCGUACUAGAGGGGCUGUUUCCACGGCUGUUAGCAGGAACAGCUUCCUGCAGUACAGCUACUCCUGAGCUGAUGCUCCCAACAUCUUCACUCAAACGGGCAAAUCUGUUAGGCUGCAUGAGAUCAGGACUAGCUAAACCUUUUCUCUUCCCUCCCCCCCUGCUUCCUCUCCCCACUGUCACCCAGCUACGUGCCUGUUCCCCAUCUGUCUUAUCUCCUCCCUCUCCACUACCUGUCCCCACUAAACUCUGCUCAGUGAGCAGCAGACUCCUCUCAAGAUUGUCAAUCUCCCUCAGUGUUACAAUUUGCCUCUCCAGAUCUCUAAUCUGAGCUUCCAGAAAUGCCACUCGCUCACACCCACCACAGAGGUAUGGACCCUGGACAGAACCAUCCAGGCAUGCAUACAUGCGGCAUGAUGUGCACUGAGUUAAAUUUGCAAUCUUGCUAGCACUCAUCCCCAGUAACAAAAAACACAAGUGAGAAAAAAAAAAAAAAAAAAAUAUUUACCCUCUUUGGUUAAACUCCCUUGUAGUUUUAACUCCUGUUGUUUUAACUCCUACUUAAAAGAGACUACUUUAAAUAGUCUACUUUCAAGCAAACUCCAGUGAGCAAGCUCUGUGAGUCAGUAGUGGGUUUAUAUUUGCAAUACAAAUCCCACACAGGUGGAAAUUAAGGGGCACUCCCCCUAAUUAGCUCAGCAGCAGCAGCACCCACAAGGAGGGGAAUAGAAACAACAAGAGAGGGGGAAAAAAAAAAGAGGGAAAAUGUUUUAAAUAAUACCAGCAAGGUGAAAAUAUAUAAGAGAAAAAAAAAAGGAACAAAGUUUAAAUAUAUCCAAAGAGAAAAAAUAUAUAUGAAAAGGGGAAAAAAGUUACAAAAUAUUAAAAUAAAUCAAAACAGUAAGGAGAAAUAAUUUGUUUUUUUUAAAAAGGGUAAAGUAAAAACAAAACAAAAACAAAAAAAAACACAAAAUACAAACAAAACAAAACCCAAAAAGAGAGAAAAAAAAAAAAAUACUAAAAUUUAAACCUGCUUUUCUUUUCCACUUGGUAUUAACUAAUACCAACCACAGUCCACCAGUUCACCAACAAACUCCUGUUGUUUUAACUCCUACUUAAAAGAGACUACUUUAAAUAGCCUACUUUCAAGCAAACUCCAGUGAGCAAGCUCUGUGAGUCAGUAGUGGGUUUAUAUUUGCAAUACAAAUCCCACACAGGUGGAAAUUAAGGGGCACUCCCCCUAAUUAGCUCAGCAGCAGCAGCACCCACAAGGAGGGGAAUAGAAACAACAAGAGAGGGGGGGGGGAAAAAAAGAGGGAAAAAGUUUUAAAUAAUACCAGCAAGGUGAAAAUAUAUAAGAGAAAAAAAAAAAAUCUGUACAAUCUGUACAAAAUUUUAUUAACUCCUCGCUCUUUAUUGCCAAGCCUGAUCAUUCAGUCCUAUAAUAUGCUGGUUUGCAGAUUUGAGAUAGAGAUAGAUAUAUAUAAUUUUAUAGGCUUUUUACCCUUUAAUGUCUUGCAUCUGCUCCUCUCUGCAGAUUCUGUGGUGUGCAAGAUGGAGAUGCCCUGUUACUCUCUGAGUGAAGAUGAAUACUCUGUGUACCACCCACUCAGCGCAGAGAGUGAUCCUGAGGAGGUGUCUCUAGGAGAAAUAAAAUCUCCUUGCGGGCAGUGUGAGACUCAUUUAGGUGGUGCGUCACGCUGUCUGGACCUGGCACUUGGCCGUCGCAGUUUGCCUUUCUUCAAGUCCUCUUCCUCUGUGUGUGGGUCUCCAUCUCCUUUAGAAACCACAACGGAAUUGGCUUCACUGGGACAAAAGGAACGGCUACUCUUUCCCUGCCAAUUGUGCUCAUUCUCCACCCACUACUCGAGCCAUCUGAAACGCCAUAUGAAGACCCACAAUGGAGAGAAACCCUUUUGUUGCCCUCACUGCCUCUAUGCCUCUGCACAGCUAGUCAACCUGAAACGUCACCUUCGCACACACACUGGGGAGAAACCCUUUCGCUGCGAUCACUGCAGUUUCUCCUGUAGUAGUCUUGGCAACCUGAAGAGGCAUCAGCGAGUCCAUACACAGGAGAAGCCCUACUCUUGCAACUUGUGUUCUUACCGUUGCAACCAAAGCCGCAACCUGAAAAGACAUGUAUUGGGCCACCGUAGGAGAAGGCAGCGUCACGAAUCCAGGAUAGAUGGAGAUGAUGGGGAGGAGGAGGAGGAAUGUGAACCUAGCUCAAAGAAUGCAGAUGGUUAGUAUCAAGUCUGCAGUAAAUUAUACUCUAACUCUUGUUUUAUUACCCCCAUUAAGGCCUUCCAAAAAAAAAAUAAGUGAUAUGUAUCUAGGUAGCAUGGAGUGAGCUCCUCCCACUGCAGGGUGACACACAAACUGCCCCUCUGGACACGAAUUCUGGCCCUCCUACUGCAGGGUAAUUUCAAGUCUGUCCCUCCAAUUUAGAGAAGGGGGUUUUGGGACCCUGAGUCUGCCCCUCCCACUGCAGGGUGACACAGACAAGAGCUAUGGUACACAAUCUGCCUCUCCAACUGCAGGGUGACACAGACAGAAGGGCACUCUGGGACACCGUCUGUCCCUCCCACUGCAGGGUGAUACAGACAGAAGGGAGCUAUGGGACACAGUCUGUCCCUCCCACUACAGGUUGAUGUAGACAGAAGGAAGUUACGGGACAUGGAGUUUGACCAUCUCACUCCAGGGUGACACAAACAGGAGCUAUAAGAAGCUAUACCUCUUCCUACACCUUCAGAAUGACGUGCUCAUAGUGAUAUUUGCUGUUAGAUUUUAAUGUUGUGUUAUUUUACUUUGACAGUGGCUGUCCUUGCUCUCCCAGUCACCUCCAGUGCACUUGAUAAUUUUCUGCCAACCAGUGUUCAUAUGAACUGUGCCACUUCACCCUCAGCCCCUCCCCCUCGCCCUGAUGAUGGCCUCCCAGAGCUACUCUUUCCGUUCACAUGCCGUUUCUGUGGGCUGGUCUUAGAUGAAGGAUGCCCCCUAGAUGAUGAUGACGAUGAUGGAGUAGCAGAGGGACAGUCUUGCUCUCGUUGUAGUGCUUCUGAUCCUGAGAGUCCUGGCAAAGGGUUUUCCUGUGGUUUGUGCUCUUUUGUUACUCAUUACCCCAACCACCUCUCUCGACACAUGAAGACCCACAGUGGUGAAAAACCCUACAAAUGCCAACUAUGCCAAUAUGCUUCUGCCCACUAUGACAACCUUAAGCGUCACCAACGAGUACACACAGGUGAGAAGCCCUACAAAUGCCAGCUGUGCGACUAUGCCUGUGGUAAUCUUGCAAACUUAAAACGCCAUGGCCGCAUCCACUCAGGCGACAAGCCUUUCCGCUGUGGUCUCUGCAAAUACAGCUGUAAUCAAAGUAUGAACCUUAAACGCCACAUGCUCCGACAUACUGGGGAGAAACCCUUCCGCUGUAUGCAGUGCCACUACACUACUGGACACUGGGAUAACUACAAACGCCACCAGAAAACUCACGGCCACUCUGUGGAGGGCUGGGUUAACCCUCAACGCAGUUUCAAAAAUAUAUCAAAUCAAUCUGCUGGGUUAGGUAAGAGCAGAUGACUGUCGGCAUUUCUUUUUCGAGGGAUUCAGAGGUUGAACACUGGAACAUGAUAAUCUAGAAUGGUUUACAACACACAUAGUAUAAAAGAACCUUUAAUGUAAACAGUGUAUGUGCAGCUUCACAAAGUAACAUAUAUUGGUUGUGAGAAAUUGUUUUGGAUGUAAUAAAAACAUUACAAAUGUAGAAAUGCUGGAAAAAGCACGGUCAUCUAUGUAAUGUACAGCAAAGUCUUCUGUCCCAAAUACUGAUUUCUCAUCCUAAAGUGCAUUCUGCCCUUCUAGGACAUGUAAAAAAAAUUAAUAUAAUAAUAAUACAGCUCUCUGUUGUGGUUCUGCUUUAAUUCAUUUUUUGACAAUUUGUUUUUAACAAAAAUACACUCUGAUUUUUUUGGAUGAUUUUAUUAUUGUAUGGCAAUAAUAAUGAGUGCUGAGCUAGUCUUUAAUUGUCAUGAUGCUUAGAAUAUUUAGACAAAGCUUUCCUAGAGGUAGAUUGCACGUCUUACACACACCUAGUGUGCAAUAUGGGAAUAACAAUAUAAUCCUAAAAUUGAAAUGUUACCUAUUCUAACAUGGACGAGGGCUUGACAGAUACCCCCACCAAACUGAACAAAUGCUACUACUUACACAUAUCUAAAUGCAGACAAGAACCUACCUGUUGGCCCAUCUUAGCACAGAUAAGCAGUGACUUAUUUGACAACCCGCCUUAAUUCAUAGCAGUGCUUUGACUACUCUGUUGGCCAUCUAAACCCAGACAAGCACUGACUAAUCCAUGGACCAUUCUCUGCUUAAACGAGUGCUGAAUGAUCCAUUGACCUGAAUCAGGCCUGUGACUGCUCUGUUGGACCACCUCAAUCCUUGCCAAAUAUGAGACUGAUCAUUUGCCCAUCUCAAUCCUGGAUUUGUCAAGUCCCUUUUCAUCAAGGUAUUUGUUACUUACCCAUAAUGCUGCAUCAACCCUCAUAAGCUGUUUUUGUAGGUGUCAACCCAUCCCCACCUGGCUGAACACUAACUGCUCAGUCAGCCCAUCUAACCCAGAAGAGCACUGAGUAAUCUAUUGGCCUGUUUUAAAUAGAACAAGAGGUGACUGAUCCAUUGGCUUAUGUGAACCUGGACAAUUGCAAAACUUUUGGCUCACUCAUUGCUCUAUGAACAAACUGUGAACCAUUGCUGAGCUUUAGUUUUAGGCCUCUGCCAGCUUUCUAGCAAAUCUCACCCCAGACAAGUAGUUACCUAUCAGCUCAUCUCAACUAGUGACUCCCAUUUCAACCCGGAAGAGCAGUCAUCGGUACUUCAUCUCAACCUGGACUACACAACUGCACUGGCCUGUCUUGAUCCAGACAUGCACUGUCCUGUCAACUUGUCCAACCUGGACAAGUGCUUACAACUCCAUCAACCCGUCUGAACCCUGACAAAUGCAAACCUUUCAACCUGGACAAGUGCUGGUGAAUUGAGGCCCCUCCUUGCUCCCAGACGAUUAAUGAUUCAUCAGGCCUACAACUGACUUGUGUUGGCAAAUGACUUCGUCUGAACCUGGACAUGCAAUGUGAUGUCUGAAAAAGAGCUGCUGUAUUGUAUUUGCAAUUACUUGUUCCCUCUGUUGGAGGGAAGGAGUUUCUUGUCCAUGUAGGCUCUUUAAAUACAGCAGCUGGUAUGUUUUGUAAUCAGAGUGCUUUUGUAUUAUUGAUAAAAUUGUCAUCUAUUAUUUUUAUUCCUCCUCUAAUCUGGUGAAUGUAGUGAGUCUUUUAAUUUACUCUGCCAUGUCACAG